AAUCGGACGUUAGUCGUGCGUCAUCCAUCUCUUCGACAACGUGUGUUGCGUGUGAUAUCUCGAUAAGUUAUAUUCAAAGAAUCUCUAUACAUAUUUAUCUUCCGGGAUCAAAUUUUAAUUUAUUAAUUUUAUUUCAUUUUUUAUCAUUAUUCUAUAGAGCAAUUAUUUUAUUUAUCUAAAAGAAAAAAUCAUCAAAAACAAAGUUUUAUUUCAUCCACAUUUUCACGUCCAAGUGAGAAGACAUAUAUCUCAAGGAUGGCUUGUCCGAUAUCAAACGAUAUCUCGGAUAACAACGAGCAUAUCUUUCGAAGAGAAGAUCACGAUCAGGACGAGGACAAAUUAAAGCAAGGACCAGCGAUGUUGUAUAGCGAAUAUUUAUGUUUGGAUAAAAUAUUGUCUGCACAAAGACUUCUUAGUGCCGAAUAUAGCGAUGAAGUUCACGAUGAACACCUUUUUAUUAUCACUCAUCAAGCUUACGAGCUGUGGUUCAAACAAAUUAUUUUCGAGCUCGAUUCCGUCAGGGCGCUCUUCAGUUCCGAAUCCGAUAAUUACGAUGCGUCCAAUAGAUCUUCCAGCAAUCACUUGACUACCAAACAGGAUAAUGGAAUUUCUCACAUUUUGAAUGAAUCGAAAACCCUGGAAAUUCUGAAGCGAUUAAGUCGCAUUGUACUCAUCCUAAAACUAUUGGUAGAUCAAGUGACAAUUUUGGAAACGAUGACGCCGUUGGAUUUCAUGGCAUUUCGAGACUACUUGUGUCCAGCGUCUGGUUUCCAGUCACUGCAAUUUCGUUUGUUGGAGAACAAAUUGGGCGUGAAGCAAGAACAUAGAGUCAAAUAUAAUCAGAGUUAUAUGAGGAUCUUUGGGAGAGAUUCUAAAGCUAUCGAGGCGAUCAAGCGGUCAAAAGAGGAGCAUAGUCUAAGUAUUCUGGUUCAAAGAUGGUUAACCAGGACACCGGGACUCGAAACUCAUGAUUUUGAUUUUUGGGGAAAGUACAAGCGAUCGGUGGAGAAGAUGCUGGUUGAACAAGAACAAGCCGCACAUAAACAAUCAAAACAGCAAAUCAAAGAGUACCUGUUGGCUAAUGUGCGCUCACGGCAAGCGGUUUUCGAAACCAUUUUCAACGAAUCGCUUCACAACGCUCUCGUGUCGCGAGGGGAACGUAGAUUUUCAUACGGUGCCCUUCAAGGAGCAAUAAUGAUCACUUUGUAUCGGGACGAGCCGCGAUUCAGUCAACCGCAUCAAAUCCUCACGGCAUUAAUGGAUAUCGACUCACUAAUCACGAAAUGGAGGUAUAAUCACGUUAUCAUGGUACAAAGGAUGAUCGGGUCUCAACAAUUGGGCACUGGUGGCUCUUCCGGUUAUCAGUAUCUGAAAUCCACGCUAAGCGAUAGAUAUAAAGUAUUCCUCGAUCUGUUCAACUUAUCAACCUUCCUGAUACCUCGUCAUAUGAUUCCACCACUGACGAAGCAAAUGAAGAUAAAAUUAUCAAUUGCCUGGAACGGUUGGAACUCGGAAGAUAAUCAAAAUAAAUCGGCAGACUCUUUAAGAAACUCCUAAAUUACUGUACGCACGACACAGCAGACCUCAUAAAACUCUAACAAUUAAGUUUUAUUUUCUUAUAUGCACUUACGCUGCAAUUAGAAUAAAUGAAUACUUUAAAUCUUCAAUAUAGAGAGUUGAAUUACUAGAUAUCUUUAAAAAGAUUUUCAAUAUACUGUGCAAUUCAAAUUUAAUUUGUAAUAUAGAA